AUGGCACAGGACUGGGUCAUAUGGCUCCGUCAGCUGAUCCACCAGAUCCCACACUUUGACUAUCAGUUCAAGAGAGUGGACAAUGUCUUUGUUUUCGACAUUCACGACACUUACUUCAUCGUAAGUUUUCGUAUUUGUUAUGACAUUUCUUCCGCUACCUUUUCAGCUUUUAAGCUCUAUAGAACUAUUCUAUGAAGGUGUUAACAUCACUAUUUAAAACUUACUAAAAUAUAUAUUAUUAAAAUGUGUUUCAGGCUUUAACCUUGUUCUGCUUGUCGGCUUUAGUUAUCGGACUUUUGUUUUUGUUUGUUGUUGUUAUAGUAUGGAGUAUCUCAUGUUGUACAUCAAAAGCCGCUGGCAAUUACACCAAACAGUCGAUCCAAAGGCUGACCUACACCUUGUUUGUUAUGAGUAUCUUCUGCUUGUAAGUUUACACCUUUACCUUGUGUAUCUUUAUCUUUAGUUCACUUUUGGCUGUGUGUUUAUAUGGCAACGAUCACUCGAACCGAGCAAUGAUAUCCAAAGUUUUACCUCAACUUCACGAAGUAGAAAGCAACUUCGACAUUACCAGUUACAAAGUAAGUAUCGGUUUCUUUUUUGACUUAAAUACCGCCUUUUAAAAGCUUUUAUGAGUAGCGUAUACAGCAGACAGGCAAAACGCUGAUCCUUAAUAUUCACCUCAGUAACAAUAUCAACUACUUGUAUUAUACUUGAUUGAGUCACGAGUUUAAACAAAUUAGUCAUUCAACCUUUUAGCUGAACCAAUUCGACUUUGCCAGAAAUAACGUCAGCCGAGAUGCUGCCCGGCUUCGAAGUUUGAUCGAAGACGAAGCCAAGAAGUCGACUGCCAAUACUACUAAAAUAUCAGACAUCAACUCGGCCUUGGAGAAGGUGGUUACUUUGUGGAAAGACGUUCAUCAAGCUGCCGAAAACUCCAAGGAAACCCUUCAUGGCCUCAGGAACUUCAAAGAUGCCGUCAAGAAAAUGGGUCGCAUGGAAUUCGAACGGUAAUCAUGAUUAAUAUAAGCAAACAUUAGUCUUAUACCUAAUAACUUUAAGACCAAUUAAUGCUUUACAUUCCAGAUGGAUCAUGAUAGUGACCUUGCUCUCCAUCAUGUUUGUGGUACUGUUUGUAGGUGUCCUAGCCAUCUGCAAAAAUAGUAGAACAGGCGUUGUAGCCUUCAGUGGCCUCGGAAUCGUAGUCUUCUUCUUGGCAUGGGUUAUCUUUUCGCUAGCUGCUCCCCUGACUAUCGUAAGUACCACUAAUUUGUUGUUCAAUCCUUUAGGCGUACGCUGACUUCUGUGAGACUGGUCGCUCCUUCGUAUCGCAUUACCUUCCGGAUGGCAUCUACAACGUUCUCAGUUACUACGAGAAGUGUGUCGACGGGGGACAGUACACCCAGAACAUCAACGACCUCAACCUCGACAAAAUCGAGAGUAUCCUCGGUGACCUCAAGACCAAGACUUAUGAAUUAGAAACAACGAGCGUGGCACUCUUCGGAAGUGACAAGUUCGCAGAAGACCUCAUCGGAUACUUUUAUCAAACCAUCGACAUCUGCUUCAAGAAUGUUGGAACGAUAUCUACACUCAGCUCGUGUAGCGCCAACCACCAUCGUAUCGAGGGUGUGAUCCAUGGAUUCUGCAGAGAUGGAUUGUGAGUGCAAGUUUAAACGAUUGUUAUCUUAGUCCAAGCAACAUUUAAUCUUAUCAAAAUAGUAACUUUUACAUGUUUUGCCUUAUACUUUAACCUUAAAUGUCAUUAACAAAGUGACAGUGUAGUUCAACACCAUUAGUAAUAUGAAUGUUGUAGUUUGGGAAAUUUAAUAUUUCUGGUCGGGAUCUUUGUUUUCGGGAUUCUAAUGGGAUUCCUGUUGAUGGUAGCCUCUCGCAGCUGGUUCGCCUUCGAACGAAAGUAAGUUGAUUCGAAACACGAUUCACACGUUUUCAAAUUUAAAAACUCGAAAACAAGGUCAAACCUUUUAAAUCACUUUCAUAUUGUCGACUUUAGAUCAACCGACUACACCGAGGUCAGUGGUGAAGACCCGUUCUACCCUCGCGUGGCAGAGAAUUCAAUUUCGGCCGACAUCUACGGUACUCACAUGGGCAAUCCACGCUUCAGAUACGGUGGAAACUCAACGUAAGUCACUCUUUUACUAUACUGUUCUUAAGCCUAGUAUAACUGAAGUUACAGUACGUCGGCGUGUAACUGUUAAAAUUGGACUGAUCAUAUUAAACACAAUUUUAGUGACAAUAACACAGAAUCGACCGGAACUAACAGCGGAGGGCAAGUAAUGGGAGAACAACAUACACCUCUACUAGACCAUCAAUCUACCUGGAGGCCUCACCAUGACAUGAACCACUCGAAUCAAUAUUGUUGA